AUGGCGCCCACUCAACCACCGGACAUCGCCGUCAAUGAUCUGACAUACACCUUCCCCGACUACAGGACAGGCAUCCGGGGCAUAUCGCUGAACGUCCCACCGCGCAGCCGCACCCUUCUUAUUGGCGCCAACGGUGCAGGUAAAACGACGUUGCUGCGCUUACUAGCAGGCAAGCGUCUCGCGCCCGGCGGCACCAUCAGCGUGUCAGGAGUCGACCCCUUCAAAGAAGGGCUAGAAGGAGUGACGUACCUUGGGCUAGAAUGGGUGCUCAACCCCAUCGUGCGCACGGACAUCGGGGUAGCCGAGCUCCUACGCUCGGUCGGCGGCGACGCGUACCCCGAGCGGCGGGACGAGCUGAUCGGGGUGCUGGACAUCGACAUCGCGUGGCGGAUGCACGCGGUCAGCGACGGGGAGCGGCGGCGCGUGCAGCUAGCGAUGGGGCUCGUGCGUCCGUGGACCGUCCUGCUGCUCGACGAGAUCACGGUGGACCUGGACGUGCUGAGCCGCGCCGAGUUCCUCGGCUGGCUGAAGCACGAGACCGAGAUCCGCGAGUGCACUAUCGUCUACGCCACCCACAUCCUGGAUAACCUCGCCGGCUGGCCCACCCACCUCGUCCACAUGCACCUGGGCACCGUGCGCGAGUGGGGGCCUACCGAGCAGUUCCUGGGCCAGGCCACGAGCGCGAGCACGGGGAACAGUCGGCUUGGGGAAUUGGUGCUGGGGUGGUUGAGGUCGGAUUUGAAGGAGAGGGGGCCGAGGAAUCAGACGAAGAUGGGGACGGAGGGGUUGACGUAUUCGCAGGGGGGUCUUGGCGGGUAUGGGCUUGAGAGUAGCGAGAAGAAAAAGUAG